UCACAAAUGCCAUCAUCAAGCAUGUAACAUUUCAAACAAGCAUUGACGCCUGCUACUGUUUGCAUCACGUUCUGACCCCUUUAGCUAAACGCCACAUGUAAACCAACACUGCAGACCUCCCCCAUGAGCUGUCCGGUAGGGGUAACUCUAACCAAAUUUACCCCCUCUUAGCAGCCUGUCUUGGGUUCCCCAUAGCGAGAUCCCCGGCUGCAAAUUACCAGCAGCAAACCGAUAGGUCCACAUACACCGCAUCACCCAAAUUAGAAAGCAGCAGAAAGGUAUGCACUCCCCCAGUAGUCACCUUCUGAAUCACACACACACACGCGCGCUAGUUUGUUAGGUACAUUACAUAAGUAAUCACUACAAUACCCAGUGGGAAAAUGCUUGCGCAUACAAACCAAUAAAUAACACUUGGACAAAAAGCCCUGUGUUCACCUGUGGUCGCCCUUGCAUUCCUGCACACAAAAGCAAAACAAACAGCACACAAACCAACCCACACAUGCUCCGAUAUGCCCUCCAAGAGGAGGUGGCAAAGACAGAACACUGAAAAGAUCUUUUUAUUGGGGCAAUCCCUCAAGCACACAGAAUCCCUCCUUUUCUUCCGUCCCUCUUUGAGUCUCUCACUCCUUCCUUCCCUCCCUCCCUUUCCUCCCUGACUGUAUAAAUAAGUCCGAGUGUAAUGUGCGUGGACUCAGAGAAACUGCCUCCAAACCUGAAGACACAAACUGUGGGAUCACAGACAUCAAAGCGAGACAUCAACCACCAAUCAAAGUGAGACGCCCCAAUCAGCCCCUCAAAGGCAACCCUUUACACAACCGAGAGAAGGUCAGUGGGAACGGAAGAUUGAAUAGGCUCAGGUGAGAGGUCAUUAGUGGAAUGCCAGUGAAGUGAGCGGCUCCGGUUACACUUGUGAGGUAAAAGGGAAAGAACAGAUUAGUGCCGGAGCUAAAGAGGACAAGGCAGACAAGUGAUCCACAAAAAGAGUAGAUUCACCUCUGCGUAAACCUACUUCCUGGAGGUAGAGCAUCAGAUAAAGACAGAAAGAAGUUUCUAGGUAUCUGUGGUCCACCUCAACAUGUGGUUUUUGGCUGUGUUGUGGGCUUCCUGCCUGCUGAUGGGCACCCAUGCUCAAAGCAGCACUAGUUUUCGUCGGGCGAAUGCCGGCAAUGGUCGUUGCCAGUACACCUUCACGGUGAACAGCCCUACAGAGGCCAGUUGUCCAUCACCAGGUUCAAGUCCCGAGAUGGAGGCCCUGAAAUCUCGCCUGGGGCUGCUAGAGGCACUGGUUGCCCGCCUCGUAGGAGGGGACGCCUUGUCAGAGUCAUCCCAGGGCUCUGGAUCUCAGUCAGGCCUCCAGGAUGCAUACAACCAGGUGAUGGGGGAGAAUGCCCAGCUCCAGAGAGAGAAGCAAAGACUGGACAGACAGGUUCAGGACCUGCAGCAGAGGAUGGAAGAGCUCCGCCAGGAGGCUGAGAGGUUGAGGAGCAGACCCUGCAUGCAACAACCUCCUCCAAGAGUGCCGCAAAAUGACAACAGCUUCAGACCAGGAUCAGGACCUGCACUCUCCCACCUGGUAUCAAGGCCUGUGAAUACACGAGGAGACAAAAGCAGUUUAAGAGAUUCUGCAUGGCAUUACAAGAAUCCUGGAUACCAGGAGCUGACGGCGGUAGUCACUGAGGUUUCUGCCCCAAAUCUGGAAGGUCCAACGGACAUCUCAGGCUGUGGUGAUCUGGUGUGGGUCCAGGAGCCUGAGGUGCACCGCAAGGCUGACAGCAUUGCUGGUAAAUACGGUGUCUGGAUGCAAGACCCAGAAGCUAAAGAACCUUAUGGUCUAGAGAUGGUAUGGCGCAUUGAUGCCAUAGGGUCUGAAGUUCGUCAACUCUUCGGGUAUGAAAACAUGGACCAGCUGUCACGGGGCUUUCCCACUAAAGUCCUCCUCUUGCCAGAAUCUAUGGAGAGCACGGGUGCCACAAUGUACAGAGGCUCCUUGUACUACCAACGAAGACUCAGCCGCACCCUUCUAAGAUACGAUCUACAAUCAGAGAGCAUUGCUGCCCGCCGUGAUCUUCCCCAUGCUGGCUUUCAUGGUCAGUUCCCCUACUCCUGGGGAGGCUACACAGACAUUGACCUGGCAGUAGAUGAGAAUGGUCUAUGGGCCAUAUACAGCACCAACAAAGCCAAGGGUGCUAUUAUGAUCUCCCAGCUGGACCCUCACAACCUGGAGGUGAAGGGCACCUGGGAGACUAAAAUCCGCAAGACAUCCGUGGCCAAUGCUUUUAUGAUCUGUGGCAAUCUGUAUACGGUAGCUAGUUACACCUUGCCAAACACCACCAUAAAUUACAUGUAUGACACUGCAACCAACCAGGAUAAAUCGAUCUCAGUGCCGUUCAAAAACCGCUAUCGCUACAACAGCAUGGUAGACUAUAACCCAGCACAGAGAAAGCUAUAUGCUUGGGAUAACUAUUACAUGGUAUCUUAUAAUGUGAGACUAGGCAAGCAGGAGUAAAGUGAAGACAUCAGCAUAAAUUUCCAUAUCACCCAGUUUAUAGACUCGUUUUGUAAUGUUUUAAUAUUAACAUCCAGAGGAACAGCUAUUGUUGGAUUUACUGGAAUUCAAAGACAAUCAUAGACAACUGGACAAGAAUCAAGUAUAAGUAUGCUGAUGACAU